CUCUUCCGCUCUCCUUCUCUCUGUUCUGCGCCUGUGUCGCUCCCUCUCUCCUCAGUGUCACGUGACCAUCUCUCGCUCUCUCCGUGCGCGUGUGCGUCUCUGCUCUCUCCGAGCUUCAUCAUCAUCAUCCGACUGCACCUUUUCCUCCUCCCGGGAGUAGACGGAGAAACACCUCGUAGGUGAGGACAUCCGCGUGGUCAUUUGUGUGCGUGCGCGACUGUGUGUGUGCGUGGAGCGGCUCUCUAACUGCCGCGUCGCCCGCCACCCACCGAGCGCCGACCACCGCCGGGCAUCAAAGCCGCGGUGAGGUUCACCUCCGGCGGCGGCACAGGAUGCUUGCGAGGUGGCUGGAGAGCGAUGACAAGGCACACCUGAUUUCGCCCCACGCACACUUGCAACCUUGCCCCUACUGAGGAGGAGGAGGAAGGAUUCGAAUUCUGCAAUGACGGUGUCUUUUCUCGCCACAAGCUGCGUGUGAGACGUGCACGAGCGCGCGCAGACACUAAGCCCCGUGGGGAGUUUCCCGCAUGGGAGGAGAGGGCCCGAUCUAGGCCACCAAGAUGGAGUUGGCGCCCGGCACAGGCACGCGUGCUCACCUGGCGCAAGACUGAGAGGGCCAGACGCAGUCAAAAGAUGAGAAAAGGAGCUUCGGCGUGAGCCCACAGCACAAUCCAGCAGGCAGGGUCUUUGAGAAAAUGAGCGCAAUGAGGCAAGGUGUCCAGCUCUAGCCUUUGCCCCCCCCUCAACCACCAGGACCACCACCACCAAUCCCCCUUUCCCCUCAGUGUGUGUGUGUGUGUGUGUGUGUGUGUGUGUGUGUGAGUGAGCAGCACAGCGAGCGUGUGCAUGAGUGUGAUGGCCAUGUGCGUCUGGGUGGCGGCCCCGCUGCUCUUCCUGGGCCUUUGCCUGUGCAGCGCGGGGGGCCAGGCCCAAGGCGAGAUGCUGGAGUUCGGCGGCGUGUCCAGCCAGUGGGGGCGCUUCCCCGUGUGGAACGCCUGCUGCGAGAGCGUGCUGAGCUUCAGCCUGCGGACGCACAGCCAGGAGGGCCUGCUGCUCUACCUGGACGACGAGGGCUUCUGCGACUUCCUGGAGCUUCUGCUGCUGCGCGGCCACCUGCGCCUGCGCUUCUCCAUCUUCUGCGCCGAGCCGGCCGAGCUGCGCUCGGGCGUGGCGGUGAGCGACGGACGCUGGCACGCCGUGCGCGUCAAGCGGGACUGGAAGAACACCUCGCUGGAGGUGGACGGGCGGCUGGAAGGCUGGGCCGAGGUGAAGAGCAAGCGGAGAGACAUGACGGUGUUCAGCCACACCUAUGUGGGCGGGGUGACGGCCGAGCUGCGCGCCUCGCCGCUUCGCCUCACCGCGCCGUCGGUGCGUGACCACCCCGCCUUCCGCGGCUGGAUGGGGGCGCUGAGCAUCAACGGCUCGCUGGCCACGCUGGAAGCCUCGGAGGGCGUGACGGUGACGGUGACAGUGGGCUGCGGGCCCGAGCACCAGUGCCAGAACGGCGGCGUGUGCAGCCUGGUGGACGACCGGGCCGUCUGCGACUGCUCCGACACCGGUUACCAAGGCAACGACUGCAGUGAAGAGCACAGCUACACCCCAGGUCUGGCACACCUGAUGAUUGGCGACCAAGGAAAGCUCCGAGCACGCGAGGAGUACGUGGCCACCUUCAAGGGCUCCGAGUUCUUCUGCUACGACCUGUCGCCCAACCCCAUCCAGUCCAGCAGCGACGAGAUCACGCUCUCCUUCAAGACGCUGCAGCGCAACGGGCUGAUGCUGCACACGGGCAAGUCGGCCGAUUACGUCAACCUGUCGCUGAAGAACGGCGCCGUCUCGCUGGUCAUCAACUUGGGCUCCGGCGCCUUCGAGGCCCUGGUGGAGCCCGUCAACGGCAAGUUCAACGACAACGCCUGGCACGACGUCAAGGUCACCCGCAACCUCAGACAGCACUCAGGCAUUGGACACGCUAUGGUGACCAUCUCGGUGGACGGCAUCCUGACCACCACGGGCUACACCCAGGAGGACUACACCAUGCUGGGCUCUGACGACUUCUUCUACGUGGGAGGGAGCCCCAGCACGGCUGACCUGCCCGGCUCACCGGUCAGCAACAACUUCAUGGGCUGCUUGAAAGAGGUGGUGUACAAGAAUAACGAUGUACGGCUGGAGCUGUCUAGACUGGCUAAACAGGGAGACCCCAAGAUGAAGGUUAGCGGCGUGGUGUCCUUCAAGUGCGAGAGCGUGGCCACGCUGGAUCCCGUCACCUUCGACACGCCCGAGUCCUUCGUGGCGCUCAGCAAGUGGACGGCCAAGAAGGCGGGCUCCAUCUCCUUCGACUUCAGAACCACCGAGCCCAACGGCUUGAUGCUCUUCAGCCACGGGAAGCCCCGGCAGAUACAGCGCAAGGACCCUCGCACACCGCCCACCAUCAAGGUGGACUUCUUUGCCAUCGAGAUGCUGGACGGCCACCUGUACCUGCUGCUGGACAUGGGCUCCGGAACCACCAAGACCAAAGCCAUCGACAGGAAGGUCAAUGACGGGGAAUGGUACCACGUGGACUUCCAGAGGGACGGACGCUCAGGGACCAUCUCGGUGAACAGCGUGAGAACGGCUUACACGGCGCCCGGAGACAGCGAGAUCCUGGACCUGGAUGAAACGCUUUACCUCGGGGGUCUUCCCGAGGACCGCGCCGGACUCAUCUUCCCCACGGAGGUGUGGACGGCGCUGUUGAACUACGGCUACGUGGGCUGCAUUCGCGACCUGUUUGUGGACGGCCAGAGCAAAGACAUCCGGCGGCUGGCUGAGGCCCAGCGGGCCGUGGGCGUCAAGCCGUCGUGCUCCCGGGAGCUGCCCAAGCAGUGCCUGUCUAACCCCUGCCAGCACAACGGCGUCUGCCGCGAGGGAUGGAACCGCUACGUCUGCGACUGCUCGGGCACCGGGUACCUGGGACGCUCCUGCGAGAGAGACGCGACCAUCCUGUCGUACGACGGCAGCAAGUUCAUGAAGGUGCAGCUGCCCAUGGCCAUGCACACGGAGGCGGAGGACGUUUCGCUGCGGUUCCGCUCGCAACGGGCCUACGGCGUUCUCAUGGCGACCACGUCCCGCAACUCGGCCGACACUCUGCGCCUGGAGCUGGACGGCGGCCGCGUGCGCCUCACCGUCAACCUAGACUGUAUCAGGAUAAACUGUACCGCCAGUAAAGGCCCAGAGACCAUCUUUGCGGGCUCGGGUCUCAAUGAUAAUGAGUGGCACACGGUGCGGGUGGUCCGGCGCGGCAAGGGCCUCAAGCUCACCGUGGACGACCUGCAGCCCGUGGAAGGUCAAAUGGCGGGCGACCACACGCAGCUGGAGUUCCACAACGUGGAGACUGGCAUCGUGACGGAGAAGCGCUUCAUGCCGGCCGUGCCGUCCAACUUCAUCGGGCACCUGCAGGGCCUGGCGCUCAACGGCAUGCCUUACAUCGACCUGUGCAAGAACGGCGACAUCGACUACUGCGAGCUCAACGCAGUCAUCGGCUACAAGAGCAUCGUGGCCGACCCGGUCACUUUCCGCUCGCGCUCCAGCUUCGUCACGCUGCCCACGCUGCAGGCCUACUACUCCAUGCACCUCUUCAUGCAGUUCAAGACCACCUCGCCCGACGGCUUGGUCCUCUUCAACCGCGGCGACGGCAAUGACUUCAUCGUGGUGGAGCUGGUCAAAGGAUACCUUCACUACAUCUCGGACCUGGGCAACGGGGCUCACCUGAUCAAGGGCAACUCCAACAGCCCCCUGAACGACAACCACUGGCACAACGUGCACAUCUCCCGGGACACCAACAACCUCCACACCGUCAAGAUUGACACCAAAGUCACCACGCAAACCACCAUGGGCGCCAAGAACCUUGACUUGAAGGGUGACCUGUACAUCGGGGGCGUGUCCAAAGAGAUGUACCGGGAUCUCCCAAAGCUGGUGCACUCACGCGAGGGCUUCCAGGGCUGCCUGGCCACAGUGGACCUGAACGGCCGACUGCCCGACCUGCUGGCCGACGCGCUGGCCACCGUGGGACAGGUGGAGCGGGGCUGCGAAGUUACAUUGAUGAAAGCUGACUUGCAAGGUCCCAGCACGACAUGCCAGGAGGACUCGUGCUCCAAUCAGGGCGUUUGCCUGCAGCAGUGGGAGGGCUUCACCUGCGACUGCAGCAUGACGUCCUACGCCGGUCCGCUCUGCAACGACGCCGGCACCACGUACAUUUUCGGCCGUGAUGGCGGCGUGGUGGUUUACACGUGGCCCCCCAACGAGCGCCCCAGCACCCGGGCCGACCGGCUGGCGCUGGGCUUCAGCACGCAGCAGAAACACGCUGUCCUGCUGCGGGUGGACAGCGCGUCCGGCCUGGGAGACUACCUUCAGCUGCAGAUAGACAAGGGCAACAUCCGCGUGGUUUUCAACGUGGGCACGGACGACAUCAACAUCGAGGAGAGCUCCAAGUUUGUCAACGACGGGAAGUACCACAUCGUGCGCUUCACGCGCAGCGGCGGCAACGCCACGCUGCAGCUGGACGACCUGCCCGUCAUCGAGCGCUACCCCUCAGGCAACAUUGAUAACGAGCGCCUGGCCAUCGCCAGACAGCGAAUCCCCUAUCGGCUCGGUCGAGUAGUUGACGAUUGGCUACUCGACAAAGGUCGCCAGCUGACCAUCUUCAACAGCCAGACGACGGUGCGCGUGGGCGGCGGCGGCGAGCGGCGCGCCGGUAUGUUCCAGGGCCAGCUCUCGGGCCUCUACUACAACGGCCUGCGCAUCCUCAACAUGGCGGCCGAGGGCCACGCGCACAUCCGCGUGGAAGGCAGCGCCCGGCUGGUGGGCGACAUGCCCUCCUCCUCCAUCACGCCGCAGUCCAGCGCCUCCGCCGCCGGCGGCGCCUCCGCCAACCGCUCCGACUCUGCACCCGCCGCCGGGGACGUCGCCACCACCACCACCGCCAGCAACAGGAAGCUGGGCGCCACGCAGCAGUCGGCAGACGACAUCCUGGUGGCAUCGGCCGAGUGCCCCAGCGACGACGAAGACAUCGACCCGUGUGACCCAAGCUCAGCACGCCCCCCCCUCCCGGAGGUGAAGGUGUUCCCCGGCCCGUCGGAGGUGGUGCGCGAGAGCAGCAGCACCACGGGCAUGGUGGUGGGCAUCGUGGCGGCGGCGGCCCUGUGCAUCCUCAUCCUGCUCUACGCCAUGUACAAGUACCGCAACCGCGACGAGGGCUCGUACCACGUGGACGAGAGCCGCAACUACAUCAGCAACUCGGCCACGCAGCCCAACGGCAGCACCAAGGACAAGCCGCUCGGCAUCACCAAGAUCUCCAAGAACAAGAAGAACAAAGACAAGGAGUACUACGUCUAACCUUUAUAUACAUAUAUAUAUACACACUAUAUAUAUAUUCCCAAAAAAACUCAACUAAAGGCUCAAUGUACAUAAAUAGGUAUAUUCUUCCCAACACACACACUCACACACACGGCAACAACGCACACAUUCAAGCACAAAGACGUCCGCGGACUGCUUUGAAGGGACAAAAUGAAGAAAAAGCGCAGAGCCUCGGGACCGGACCCCUUUUCUGAACCCUUGCAUACCAUUCCAGAUGCUCCGCAGACAUGACGGCACAAAAGCAGAGCCCGGGAGAGAAAAGUCGGGGCACACCCGGCCGGGACUUAUCGCCAGCCAGAUGCGUAAUUAUUCACACCUUUUGGGGAAAAAAGGGAAAAAUUCCUUCUAAUCCGCCCGUAAUUUACACGCGCAUGUGGAAUUGUGAUCGUAAAUAUUGAACAGGUUUAACAUUUACAAUUUUCCAAGCAGCAGAUAAUCCCUCUAAUCCUUCGUCUGAUAAUCUGCCCAACGCUGAUUUGGAAUGAAAAGAGAGGAAAGGUGCUCAAAUUUGGCCCAAUCAUGGGGAUGAGCGUUGCUUGCGUUAUCCAAGUCAGCCUCGCGCAGUAUUUCUGGGACUGAUUGCGACCCUUUUAAGUUCUGCUCCUACUGGAUUCCUUCAAAAGUCAACAAUGGACAUUUUUUCCCUUUACGGGCAUGAAGCACAUACCGGAGAAAGUGUGUGGGAGCAC